AUGGAGUGCAGAAAGUUCGAGAUAACCCUAAUUUCGGCCAGCGAUCUGGAAAACGUGCGCGUGCUCGGCAAGAUGAAGGUCCACGCGCGCGUCUUCCUCAGCGGCGGCGGCUUGGCCGACAGCGAGAAGCGCACGCCGUCGGACAAGCACGGCGAGACGAAUCCGGCGUGGAACCACACGAUGCGGUUCGCCGUGAGCGAGGCGAUGGUGGAGAACUUCAACACAAUGCUCGUCGUCAAGCUCUACUGCAAGCGGAAGCUCGGCGACCGCUACAUCGGCGAGAUCCACACGCCGGUCAAGGAGCUCUUCGACUUCGCUAGAGCAGCCGCCGGCAGCGCCGUCGUCUGCUUCCCGGUGCAGAAAGGCUGCGUCAACUCGCAGGGGAUGCUGAGGUUCGCCUACAAGUUUGGGGAGAAGAUCAUGAUCGAUAAGCUCUUGCUGGCGGAGAGCGCUGCCGGAUUGAGCCUCGGUUGA